AUGCCUCUUGGCCUUUAUUUGACUGUCUCAUCAUAUUUUGUGUGGCCAUGUGCAGAGCAAAGUUGUACCCAGGUUUGCGCUUUUGAUAAAUAUGCGCGUACAUGGGGGACGAUUGUCGUCAUUGCUGACGAACAAGUAGCCAAAGUGUAUGAAACAGGCAUUGGGCAGUUUGGGUUUUUCUAUUGUUAUCUGAAAUCCCUUCUUUCUCAUAACGGUUUCAGGCCGAGUUCGCGAAAGCGUUUUAGGGUCAGGGAUCUGAGCACUUCGAUUACAAAAAAUCAAGAUAUCAUAAAAAAAGGAAUAGAUGAAGCCUUAUUUACUGCUACUGAAAGUGGGAUAGUUGAAAUUGUUAUUGAGAUACUAAAAGCUAAUCCUUCUAUCAUCACAACUCGAAACACCCUAUCAAGAGGAAUAAUUGAAUAUGCUAUUGAAUAUCGACAAGAAAAAGUUUUCAGCAUUAUAUAUGCAGUUGGAGAAUGGAAGGGUUUGCUGAUUAAUUCAUUUGACGGCGAUGGAAAUAACACGUUACAUAUGGCAGGAAUGUUAGCACCUGCACACAGACUUGCUCAUAUUUCAAGUCCAGCUUUGCAAAUGCAAAGAGAGCUACAAUGGUAUAAGGAGGUAGAAAGUAUUGUGGAUCCUACAUUAAAACAAUAUGUCAAUGAAGAAGAGUAUACCCCUAGCCAAUUGUUUACAAAAAGCCACAAGGAAUUAAAGGAGGAAGGAGAGAAAUGGAUGAAAGGAAUUGCAACAUCUUCUACAGUCGUAGGUGCUCUUAUUAUUACAAUUAUGUUUACUACCGCAUUUACUGUUCCCGGUGGCAACAUUCAAGAUACUGGAUUUCCAAUAUUUUUACAUAAGAAAGCAUUCAAGGUUUUCAUAGUAGCUGAUGCAAUUUCUCUAUUUGCCUCCUCAACUUCAGUAUUAAUGUUUUUAGGAGUCUUGACUUCACGUUAUGCAGAAGAAGAUUUUCUUGAAUCAUUGCCAAGAAAGAUGAUCAUGGGUCUUUCUACCCUUUUCUUUUCCAUUGCAGCCAUGAUGAUAUCAUUUUGUGCUACUCUCAUAAUAAUGCUAGAUGGAGAUCUGAAACUAAUCAUUCCUAUAAUUUUGUUGGCGAGUAUUCCCAUUACUGUUUUUAUAUUUUUACAGUUUCCUCUACUUGUUGAGAUUUUCGUAUCCACGUAUAGGCCUAGACUCUUUGAUAGAAAAAUGAAGUAUUGGUACUAAGUAGUGUCUUUCGGAU